AUGGCCUCCCAUCAAGAGCGCACACUGCCCUCCAAGCACAAUCCUCUCAUGACAGAGGACGUUCCGGAUUACACGGAUCUGGUCGCGCGUAGACGUCUCGGACAGACUAAGCUGACCCCUAAGAUGGCCGGUACUGGUGAGACUGAGCAGGCGGCUCUUGGCGUUUUUGAUUAUGCGCAUCUCCGAGCCCCCCUUCCCAAGGGUAUCGUCUCAGGCAUCUUCAAGUCUAGCCCUAGCAGCUACUUCUUGAUGCGCCGCAGCUUCGACGGUUACGUCUCCGCGACAGGCAUGUUCAAGGCGAGCUUCCCUUACGCUGAGGCAUCUCACGAGGAGGCGGAGCGCAGGUACAUCAAGUCUCUGCCGACUACGAGCCCCGAAGAGACUGCUGGCAAUAUCUGGAUCCCCCCGGAGCAGGCUCUCGUCCUCGCCGAGGAGUACAAGAUUGCUCCUUGGAUUCGGGCUCUCCUCGAUCCCGCCAAGAUUACCGUGACCACAACUCCAGACUCAUCUUCGCCCAAGAAGAGCAUUACCGCCCCUCCCAAGUUUGAUCUUGCCAAGGCGUCGCAUCCUGUGCUGGCACCUCCCACCCCCUCGACUAUUCCUCGAAGCACUCGAUCUCGUCGUUCUGCUAGUCCCACGAAGAGUACCAGGCGUGCGCCUGCCUCGCCUCGAAAGCGAAGCACCCGCGCCAAGGCCGAGACUGUCGAGACUAUCACUGAGAAGACCGAUCUCGUAAAUGGCGUGGCUGAGACCGAGGCUAAGGUCGAGGAGACCAAGCGCGAGGAAAUUGUUCUCCAAUCAACAGAGUUUGAGCCAGCUAUCGUUCUGGAACCCAGGGAAGAGGACCCGAAGGUCAAGGUCCACGUUGAGGAGGACAUCGUCAAAGAUGAGGACGGUGUCGAAACUAAGCGCACAAUCACAGAAGUUGAGCUUCCUCUGCCCACAGCUGGCGAGCCUCCAACUGCCGAGGAGAUUGCCCAAAUGAUGGAAGCAGCCAAGGAGAUGGUCCAGAAGACUAAGGAGACCGAAGCCAAGGCUGAUGAGGAACAAGACGAGGUCGAUGAGGCCCCAGGUUCAGCCAAGAAGAGCAAGCGAAAGGCUGCAGAUAUUUCCGUUGGUGACAAAGACGGUGAAGAGACAGAAAAGACACCAGAGGAGCAGCCCAGGUCGAAGAAGGUCAAGACCGAGACAGAACUGAGGAAAGAGAAGGUGAAGAACCGGGCGUUACUUGGUCUGGGUGCCACGGUUGCAGUUGGCGCGAUUGUUCCUUGGCUUAUGAACUUUAUCUAA